AUGGAUCACCGUUUGUUUUAUGAAUUUCAUCUUACAGAAUGUUCAGAUUGUAACUGUGUUGGUGAUAAAACCAGCGAGAGUGGCGUUUAUGAAAUAACUGUUGACGGAAACCUGACCUCUGUUUAUUGUGAAAUGAAAGAUGGUCACACAUGGAUGACCAUUUUCAGAAGAACGAUCGGUGAUGUUCCCUUUAAUGUUGGUUGGUCGAGUUAUGAAACUGGAUUUGGGAACAAAGAAGGCGAUCACUGGAUAGGUUUAAAGAUUAUGAACCAUUUCACGACUUCCGGUUGGAGCAGUUUGAGAAUUGAGAUGGAGGACAUCGUUGGCUAUUUUGGUUAUGCUCAAUAUAGCAGAUUCCUGGUGGACAGUGCCUCUGUUGAUUAUCAACUGACAUUAUCAGGAUACUCUGGAACUGCUGGUUUUGAUUCCUUCAGCUACCACAACAACAUGAAGUUCUCCACAAAAGAUCGAGACAACGAUUUAUCAACAACGAAAAACUGCGCGUCAAAUUACGGCAAUCCAUGGUGGAACCGAGACUGCUUCCGGGUCAAGUUCACUACCAACACCUUUACCAGUCUCGGCUGGUACAAUUGGUUCACCGGAAAUUACCAACAGCUGACGAGGAUCACGAUGAUUAUUAGAAAACCAUUCGGAUAAUGAACCAAAAAUGUGGUA